AGAGAGAUCCAGCUAUGGAGAUUGCCAUGGGGGCUAUCGGCCCUCUCCUCCCCAAGCUCCGCGAGCUGCUCAUGGGUGAGCUCACCAUGGAGAAGAAAGUGAGAAAGGGCAUCGAGUCUCUCGUAACAGAGCUGAAAUUGAUGCAUGCCGUCCUCAGCAAGGUGGCCAAAGUGCCGGCGGACCAGCUUGACGAGGGUGUCAAGAUCUGGGCGGGAAAUGUCAAGGAGCUGUCCUACCAAAUGGAGGACAUCGUUGAUGCCUUCAUGGUGCGCGUGGAGGAUGGCGGCGAGCCUGCCAACCCAAAGAACAGAGUUAAGAAGAUAGUCAAGAAAGUCAAAAAGUUAUUCAAGAAUGGCAAGGAUCUUCAUCGGAUCUCUGAUGCUCUGGAAGAAGUGGUUGUUCAAGCUAAGCAGUUGGCCGAGCUGCGUCAGAGGUACGAGCAAGAGACGCGGGACACUAGUUCUAAUACUAGUGUUGACCCUCGCAUGGUGGCCUUGUAUACAGAUGUGACAGAGCUUGUUGGCAUUGAAGAAACACGAGAUCAAUUGAUCAACAUGUUGAUUGGGGGUGAUGAUUGGUCGAAGCAUCCAUUGAAGACGGUCUCUAUUGUUGGAUUUGGUGGGUUAGGCAAGACAACUCUUGCCAGGGCAGCGUAUGACAAGAUCAAAUUGAAUUUUGAUUGUGGUGCUUUUGUGUCAGUAUCGCAAAAUCCUAACAUCAAGAAAAUCUUGAAGAGUAUUCUCUUUGAACUUGACAAGGUGAAGUAUGCAGACAUUUAUAAUGUAGAAAGGGAAGAAACUCAUCUCAUUGAUGAGCUUAUUGAAUUCCUUCAUGAAAAGAGGUACCUCAUCAUAAUUGAUGACAUAUGGGAUAAAGAAGUGUGGAAAUUAAUCAAGUGUGCUUUCUCCAAGAAGAGUCCCGGAAGCCGACUAAUCACGACAACUCGUGUCAUUAGUGUCUCAGAAGCAUGUUGCCCAUCUAGGGAUGAUAUUUACAAAAUGAAACCUCUUUCCAAUGAUGUAUCAAGAACGCUCUUCUGUAAACGAGUUUUUUCUGAUGACAAAGUGUGUCCCCAAGAAUUGGUGCAAGUAACUGAAGACAUUUUGAAGAAAUGUGGGGGCAUACCGUUAGCUAUUAUUACUAUAGCAAGUCUUUUGGCUAGUAACGAUCAAAUAAAAACAAAAGAUCAAUGGUAUGCUUUGCUCAAUUCCAUUGGUCGUGGACUCACAGAAGAUCGAAGCGUGGAAGAGAUGAAGAAGAUAUUAUUAUUCAGCUAUUAUGAUCUACCUUCUUAUCUGAAACCAUGCUUACUAUACUUAAGCAUCUUCCCAGAAGACCAUGAGAUUAGGAGAGAUAGACUGAUAUGGAGAUGGAUAUCAGAAGGCUUUGUUUAUAGUGAAAAGAAAGAUAUUAGCUUAUAUGAGCUCGGUGACAGCUACUUCAAUGAGCUAGUAAAUAGAAAUAUGAUCCAGCCCAUAGACAUUGGUUAUGAUGAAAAGGUAAAUGCUUGCCGUGUACAUGACAUGGUGCUUGACCUCAUAUGCUCAUUGUCAAGUGAAGAGAACUUUGUCACAAUAUUAGAUGACACUAGAAGAAAAAUGGGUAACUCAGAGAUAAAGGUUCGCAGAUUGUCCAUUCAAAAUAGCAAGAUAGAUGUGGAUACCACUAGGAUGGAGCAUAUGAGAUCUGUUACUGUUUUCUCAGAUAAUGUUGUUGGGAAAGUGUUGGAUAUUUCAAAAUUUGAAGUUCUGCGCGUGUUGGAUUUAGAAGGCUGUAAAGAUGUCUCAGAUGUUCGGUAUGUGGGGAAUCUGUUACAUUUGAGGUACUUGGGGCUAAGAAAUACUCAUGUUAAGGACCUUCCCAUGGAAAUAGGGAAGCUGCAGUUUUUGCUUACCCUGGACUUAAGAGGUACUAAGAUAAAAGUACUGCCGUCGAGUGUUGUUCAGCUAAGACGUCUAAUGUGCCUGUAUGUUGGUCAUGUUAUGAAGCUUCCAUCUGGAAUAGGUAACCUGACUUCCCUAGAAGUGCUAGAUGAACUGGGGUUAUGUGAAGUGGACCUUGAUUUUGUGAAAGAAUUGGGCCAUCUGACCAAGCUCAGGGUGCUCAGGCUUUACUUGGAUGGUUUGGAUGAGAGCCUGGGUAAAGCUUUGGAGGAAUCCAUUGGUCAUAUGGACAAACUGAACAGCCUAAGUGUAUAUGUCGAUCGUGGACUCAUCAAUGUCCCGAGCGAAGAUUGGGUGCCUCCUCCACAACUCCGCAGAUUGGUUUUCCAGUCAGGUCAAAGUUGGUUCGAGAAAUUGCCGUCAUGGAUUAGUCCUUCAUCGCUUCCUCUCCUCUCCUAUCUGGAGAUAACGGUGUUUGAAGUGCGAUCGGAGGCCAUCCAGCUUCUUGGGACUCUGCCUGCUCUUGUUUAUCUUAAGAUAUGGGAUUAUUCUGUGUUCCCGGAAGCACAUGAGGUGGAAGCGCCCGUUCUUUCCUCUGGUGCGUUAUUCCCAUGUGCGACAGAGUGCCGCUUCUAUGGUAUAGGUGCCGUGCCGUCUACGUUUCCACAAGGAGCUGCGCCAAGGCUUAAACACCUUCGGUUUGCCUUACCAGCCAAGUGGGUCUCCCGUGAAAGCUUUGAUUUGGGCAUGCGCCACCUCCCUUCCCUGGAGCGAGUCGAGGUUGAUGUUAUCAAGAAGGGAGCUACCAGUCAGGAGGUGGAUGAAGCGGAGGCUGCGGUGAGGGCCGCAGCGGAUGACCACCCCAACCGUCCCGUCCUUCGCUUCCGGUGAAACAUGCAGUAAAGGUUCGUUCCGGUUCCUUUGCUUUGGCAACAAGGUUCAGUAUUCAUCUUUCCUUCUUCAUGUUAUAUACCUUUCUCAGGUGGACUGGUGGAGGAGGGUUUGACUAAUUACUAGCACCCAACUAUUGUUUCAUCAAUUAAUUACUAGCACCGAUCGAACUAUUGUUUCAUCAUUUCUUUAGCCUGUGUACGUACUUCAAUCAGAUCCCUGAAACUAAUGUUACCACUUAUUGAAGUGUCAAGAAUAUUCCAAUGUGAAUUCCCGCUUUGGUUACUUACUUAUGCUGCAAAAAAUACGUAGCACAAGUCUUUUUAUUUAUACAUGCUACAAUAUUACAUGUAACCCGAUCAAAAUUAAUAACGGACAACCCAACAGUAAUACUGAAUUGCUGAUACGUGUGCAUUUUUCUCUCUACUUUGAUGAACUCUGGUUUCUUCCUUUCUGAAACAUUGAACUGAAGCAUUUCUUUGUGUGUUUCUUCCGAAUGGCAUUGCAGGUGUCGUCGACAUGGAUUCAAUCAUGGGUGCCUCCAACAACUCCUCAUGUAUUCUGCUCUUUGACCUGUCUCCCUCUGCAUCCGGAUGAACAUCCUCAUUCUGUCUGCCUAGGUUUGGAUUCUCUUCACGCUUCCGCCAACUCAAGAACCAUUAUUUAUGAGGCACUGCUUGGCACUGUUUGCUUGCUCUCAUUCCGCUUUGUUUGGAGCAGUUCAAUGUUUUGUUCUAGACUCGUAUACUAUAAUGUCCGGUUCAGUUUGCCGUAUUGGUUUCAUGAUGAAAUAAACAGGCCUGUAUUAAGUACAUCUUUGUAUUGGAUUACAACUGGAAUUUGAAUAUCUCUUGCAUA